GCCAAGUAAAAACCCAAGCCGAAGGACGACGAAAGGACAACUCCUAUAGACACCCGGCGGACAAAGACAAUGUCUGCAGUAGAUGUGACGAAAUAGGCAGGUCUCAACUGAGUUUUGUGUGGUCACGUGACUUACUGCACCCAUCCGUACUCUGCGGAACACAGUCUCUAGACGCCAUGGACUCACAGCUUACAUUAGAAAAUGAUUUUGACUUGAGUGCAGAAAGUUCUCUCAGCAGUAUUGUCAAUGGAGAAGGUUUCUCUUACCAUGCUUCUAUUAGAGCACCCCGGGCAACUGAAGCUGUGUACAGUCGUCUUUCAGGGAUAUCCACAGGGAUAACAUCAGGGAUUUCCAGGAGAAGCUUCUUGGCUGUCAAUAGUCUUUAUGGAGAUUUCAGCCAGUCUAGCAGUGAGAGAGUCGUUUCAUCAGCCAGCCCUCGGGACAAGAAAGAGCUUCAGGAACUGAAUGAAAAAUUUGCCCAGUAUGUUGAGAGGAUCACGGCGCUACAACUGGAGAUCUCCCCAUUGGCUAAAGAACUGAAAGAGUUAAAGUUGAAAUGGGGCAGCAAAGUUGAAGACAUUAAAGUGAUUUAUGAAACAGAACUGAGCAAGACAAGAGAGCUCUAUGAUGAGGCCACGAAAAGGAUCAACGAGCUGACCAACAAACUCAACUUUGCUGAAGUGAAAGCAGAUGGUCUACAGCAAGAACUGGACUUGGCUAAAGCAUUACAUGAUGAUGACUACGAGAAACUGGUGAAGUUGACCCAGGUCACAUCCAAACUUAAAAGUGAGCUCCAGAUGUUCAGGUCUGUGAGUGAACUAAAUGAGAUAGAAAAUCAAAGACGCAGAGAAACAAUAGCUAGAUAUCAAAACGAUUUGGAAAAAGUGAAACUGGAACUUAGCCUGAAAACUCUUGAGAUGUUGAAUGCCACCAACGAAUGUCAGAAACUGCAAGAGGAAAUGAGAAUUUUAAAAGCCAUUCAUGACAAGGAAAGAAAGGAGUGGUCAGUUCUGGCCAGUAUAGAUUCAGCAGUCAGGAACCGAGAGUUCUGGAAAAACGACGUGUACUUGGCAAUACAGAAAAUAAGACAAGAAUACGAAGCCAGAGCUGAUCAAAUCAAGGGAGAGAACGCCACAGCAUUUGGAAUUCAAAUUCAAGAAAUUUCCACUGAAGUCCAGAAAUAUAAAUUGGAGGCUUCCUACGCCAGAGAAGAUCUGGGUCGUCAGAAACAGGAGCUGAUUGAGUUGAGGAACAGACUGGCAGAUACUGAAAGCUUAAACUUGAUGUAUGAAAAGAAAUUCAGUGAGCUUCAGAGAGAACUUGAAAUCAAAGUGACAGAGAGUCAGUCAGACAGAGAGAGACUCUAUCUUGCAAACGAAGAAAUUCAGAAACUGCUGGAGAAACUCAACUCCCAAAAAGUGGUCACCACUUCUCUGCAACAAGAGAUAGAAGAGUACAGAUCUUUGUUGAAGAGACUAGAAGAGAGGAAUGAGUUUAGCUUGCAAGAGUUUGCCCAAGUUCAAGUUUCAGGAUCCUCAACUCUGCAGGAGUUUGGCCAUGUUCAGGUUUCAGGAUCGUCAACUCUGCAGGAGUUUGCCCAAGUUCAAGUUUCAGGAUCGUCAACUCUGCAGGAAUUAGGAAAAGGUUCAGAAUUGUCAACUAUCUCUGUGUCCAAACAACAAAGAAAAUUUGAGCGGACAUUUAAAGGACCUGUUGUUAUAGACGAAAUAGACGAGGAAGGCCAUUUCAUCACGUUAGUCAAUAAUUCAACAUCCCCCCAAAAGGAUGUUGAUCUUAAUGGCUGGAAGCUAAGACGUAUUGUAGAACCCAGCAGACGUGAACCUUAUGAGUAUGUCUUCCAGAACUAUGUUCUUAAAUCUGGAGCCAAAUUAAAGGUCUACGCCAAGUCACAAGAAGCUCUUGCCUUGCCAGGGGAUCUUGUCUAUGAAGGCGCAGAGACAUGGGGAGCUGGCAACAGGGCAACAACAAUAUUAUACAAUCAGAGUGGACAGGAGAGAGCUCGUAUAGAGGAGACAGCCAGCUUUCAAUAGACAGAACAUUUGGAAACCAUUCUCAACUCUCCUCUAUCUUAUGUAACCAUUGGGAGAAAUGAAAAGUAGAGAGAUGACUAUUCAAUGUAGACACUUAAUACUGCAUUAGGGCCUCCUUUGUUUUCUAUUUAGUUGAUUUUCUCCAUCCUAUUAAAUGUAGACUUUUAGUUGUCAGUAGGAUUCUACUGGGAAAUGGGAGUGCACACGUGUCUGGAGAAGUGUGUGUAAUUGUGUUGUUUUUUUUCUGUGUUAAAACAUUCUUUAUAAGCAUUUUUUACAAUACCUCUAUUCAAGUCAGAAAUGUAUGUAACCAGCAGCCUGCACGGAACCUGCAUGGACGCUGAUCUGAAAAAGGCUCUAACUAUUUUCCUAGAAAUAUAACAUUUCCAUACAUCACUGAAAAAAGCUACUAGCUCGUUGCCCACACGGGGGAAGCUUUAGUUUAAUUGUUAUAAUUUUUCUAAGUAAAAAAAAAAUAUUUAAAUUUGACUUGUGAACUAGACGUAGAGCUAGAGCAAACAUCGGUGUACUGAUAACAUGAGUUGUUUAUUCAAUUGAAAGUUUAUUGAUAGUUUAUAUGAAGCUUUGCUUAUACUAUUAUGUUCUAAGUGUAAUGAAGGUACCAAUAAAUAAUUGGCCGUUA